AUGUACAAGGGAAUUAUCUUGAUUUCCUUCGUUUUCCUGCCAAUCUCGGGUUUCCUUUUCCCUGCAGCCAGUGGCGGAUGUGGUUGUGGAUGUUCUCAGCAAGCAGCUUGUGCUCCAGCGGCUCCAUGCUGUGGCGCAGCUCGCGCCCGACAUGACAAGACUCUUCAGCCAAGCGAAACUGAUGAACUGGAAUUGGUAAGUCUUUUUGAUCAUAAUACGGGCUGGCCCAAGCAGAAAACGUUCUUGUAGAACAAAUCAAAUAGCAAAGUUUAUAGUGCUCCAGUUGCAUACAUUACUUUAGUCACCAAAUUUCAAGAACAUCAAAAAGUUAUGUUUUAACAAUAAGGAUUAAAAAAUGUUCUGCCAAUUAGACGUUCAUGGCUACAUGUGUCAGUAAGGAACGAAAUUUUUAACCCAUUUUUUUAGAAAAUCUUAAGAAAUUUUCCAAAAGUUAUUUCCUCGCAUAAAAUGUCCCCUUUCCAAAAAAACAUUACAUUAAAUUUUACAGCAAUGAAAAAAUAAAUUUUUAUAUGUAUUUUUUAGCGAGCCCGUUUGACUGGCCUUCCCUUGGAUCAGCAGCCCGUUAAAACGAAAGGCGAGGACGUUCCAACUCAAGGUUUGGCCGUUUUCGAACAAAUGGGCGAAGUCAACGCUCCGAAGAAUGUACACCGUCAAAAAAGAGCUGAUCCUUUCUCGAAGGAAGUCGGUGUUGAUGGCUCUGUGAAGGACGAGACUUUGGUUAAAGUUGAUCAGAGUACUCCGUCGCCAAUCGACGAAGCAGAAAGUGCCAAAACUGAGAAGCCGGAGACUGAUGAUGACAUCAAAUGUAACAGUCAAGUGCUGAAGAAGCUGAUUUUGGAGGUAGGUUUGAAGAAUUUUGAAAUUAGGAAACAGCAAAAAUCCAAGAAUAUAGGCAAACGCGUAAUUUUCUCGGUGUAUCUCCCACCAUUUUUCUUAUUAGUUUUUAGUUCGCAAAGAGUAAAAGUCUCCGUUAGACAUGCAAAGCAAGGGCAAAAAUUUUUUUCUUUUGUCAACUUUUAACAAGGAAAGUACUUCUAUGGGGUGUGGAGUUACAGGUCGAGUCAUAUAUCAAAAAAUUCGCAAAAUUUCUCUGAUUCUGAAUAUGUAAAAAUUAGCUGCCUAAUUUUGGUUUGUAAGGGUAAAAAAACCCUCGGAACUUUUCUCGAAACACCACGCAAAUGCCUUUUUGACAAAGUUUUUACCAAAUCAAAAGCUUGCUUUUGAGUUAAAGUAAACUCUGGUAUCUUUACAAGCCUUAAAAUAUCGCAUUUAAUUUAUACUACACCUUAAUUAGUAGUUGCAAUGUAAAAAAGGCGCAUUUUCAUGGUGUUGCGAGAAAAGUUCAGAGGAUUUUUUCACCCUUACAAACAAAAAUUAGGCAGCUAAUUUUUACAUAUUCAGAAUCAGAAAAAUUUUGCGAAUUUUUUGAUAUAUGACUCGACCUGUAACUCCACACCCCAUAGAAGUACUUUCCUUGUAAAAUAUUUUUCAGCAAAUCACCGAGAACUCUUCCAUUUCCAAGCGUCGGAUCAACAAGGAAGCCGAGAAGGUCUUCGGCGGCCGGAUUGAUGUGAUUUGUUCUCGCGGCCAUUUCAGCUACGUCUACUCGAGCUCCCUGUUCUGUGAGGCCACCAAAGGAGAGGUCACUUGUAUUGCGUUUAGACAGUCUCAUUAA